AUGGUGAUAUUGACUGGCAUUUCGUUGAAGGAAGAGAAUGCUAAGGGAAAUUGGAGAUUCAUGAUGUUUGUCUCUAUCUGGACUAUUCUCUUGACUCUAUACCAGGCUGUAAUUGCCUUCUGGCGUUCGAAGCACCUUGCAUUUCUGCUCAUGCCUCCUACCAUGGCUGCCGUCGCAGGUGCAGAGAAAGUACUAUCUCAACGAUGGAAGAACCCGGUACCUGUUAGCCAUAUCUACUCUGUGCUUGGAGUGGAUAUCCUUAGCUUCAUUUUCUGGUUUUCGGCUACUAUUGCUAUCGGUAUAUUGAAAGAUGACUCACUCCAUUUGGUUGCAGUAGGUCACGGAGUGCCACAGAUAGUGUUGUUUCUUAUUACUACAAUCACAUCUCUCCGGUGGGCGCAUAACCCGGCGAAGGACCUUGACGGGCCUGCUUCCAACAGUGACCCAGAAAAUCCGAACCAAAUUCCAUUUGCUUCAUCGACCGGACCACUAGACAAUGGCUGGGCACAGCCUCAGCAGAGCCUUGGGGGCCAGGUUGGUGGGGUAGUUGCAUCGGGUGGGGUCCAGGUUGCUAUGCAGCUAGCUAGCUAG